AGAGGUUGAAGCCAUGCUGCGCCUUCUCCGGUGCCGGCUGCCAGUUCGGCGCUACCGCUGGGGAGUAAGAGCCGCCUCUGAGAAGGCCAGCAGCAAUGAGAGCCCCGGGAAUAGGAAGUACCGGGACACCGUGCUGCUCCCUCACACUGACUUCCCUAUCCGCCGGGGCCCGGGGGAGACAGCCAGCACCGAACUACGGCUGCAGGAGGAAAGUGGAUUUCUGCAACUCUAUGCUUGGCAAAGGGAAAGGAAAACCAAGAAGGAAUUCAGUCUUCAUGAUGGACCACCCUAUGCCAAUGGGGACCCCCAUGUGGGCCAUGCUCUUAAUAAGAUCCUCAAAGAUAUAACAAAUCGUUUCCACAUGAUGAGAGGCUACAAAGUGAGCUACGUGCCAGGAUGGGACUGCCAUGGGCUGCCGAUUGAACUAAAAGCUCUGGCGGAACUUGGAGAGGAAGCCGAAAAUAUGUCACCCACUGAGAUCAGGCGCAAAGCCAAGAUGUUUGCAGAGAAAGCCAUUGAAAAGCAGAAAUCCUCCUUCAUUCGCUGGGGUAUCAUGGCAGACUGGGACAAGUGCUAUUACACAUUCGAUCCAAAGUAUGAAGCAAAACAAUUAGACAUUUUCUACAAGAUGUAUGACAAGGGCCACAUAUACCAGGAUUACAAGCCUGUCUUCUGGUCUCCAUCAACAAGAACAGCCCUCGCAGAGGCAGAGUUGGAAUACAACCAGGAGCACAUAAGUCGCUCAAUAUUUGCCAAAUUCCCAAUGCACAAAGCUCCUCCAAAGCUGGCCUCCAUUAUAGAUGGAUCCUCUGCAGUCAGCACUCUGGUUUGGACGACCCAGCCUUGGACUAUUCCUGCUAACCAGGCCAUCUGCUAUAUGCCAGAUACAGAGUAUGCCAUAGCAAAGUGUGCUAAUACUGGAGAACAGUACAUAUUAGCCACAGAUAGAAUUGAAUCUACCGCUUUGUCCUUGGGUACCCAGCUUCAAGUCAUUUCAACCUUUAAAGGGCUAGAUCUGGAGGGCGGCAUCUGUCUCCAUCCCACCAUUGCUGAUCGCCUUUCUCCUCUCUUGCCUGCCAACCACGUGACUAUGGCAAAGGGCACAGGCCUGGUACACACUGCACCGGCCCAUGGCAUUGAAGACUACAGUGUUGCAUCACAUCACAAGCUCCCAGUGGACUGUUUGGUGGAUGAAUCGGGGCAUUUUACUACUGGAGCUGGGGCUGAACUGGAAAAUAAAGCUGUACUUACUGAUGGAAAUGAGACAGUCAUACAGAUGCUACAUGCCAGCAAGUCUCUGCUGAAGGAGGAGAGUUUUGUACACAGUUACCCCUAUGACUGGAGAACAAAGAAACCCGUGAUAAUCCGUGCCAGUAAACAGUGGUUUGUCAAUACAGCAAACAUUAAGGACAAAGCCCAGGAUGUGUUAAAGAAAGUGAAGUUUGUUCCCGCUUCAGCAGCUGCCAGAAUGCUGGAAAUGCUGGACCGUCGCACUUAUUGGUGCAUAUCUCGGCAGAGAGGCUGGGGUGUCCCCAUACCUGUGUUUUACCAUAAGGAGACAGGAAAGCCCCUCAUUAACCGGCACAGCGUGGGGCAUAUUAUGAGCCUGGUAGAGCAGCACGGGACGGAUGUGUGGUGGACCCUUCCGCUAGAAGAAUUGCUCCCCAAAGCCGUCCUUCAAAAGGUGGAAGGCAGCUCAGAUGCGUGUGAUUAUGAGCAAGGUCGCGAUGUGUUGGACAUCUGGUUUGACAGUGGAACGUCGUGGGCCCAUGUUUUGGAAGAUGGAGAGCAGAGAGCGGAUGUUUAUAUGGAAGGGAAGGACCAGCUGGGAGGUUGGUUUCAGUCAUCGCUGCUCACCAGUGUGGCCGCCAGGAAUAAGGCACCGUAUAGGAAUAUCAUCGUCCAUGGCUUCACCCUCAGUGAAAAAGGGGAGAAAAUGUCUAAAUCAGUAGGGAACGUAGUGGACCCCGAUGUUGUUAUUAACGGAGGACAAGACAAGGUUAAUGAACCUGCUUAUGGCGCCGAUGUGCUGCGCUGGUGGGUGGCAGAGUCAAAUGUCUUCACUGAAGUGCUGAUUGGUCCAGCUGUCCUUAAUUCUGCGCGGGAUGAUAUCAACAAGUUGCGGAAUACACUGCGCUUCAUGCUGGGAAAUCUAUCGGAUUUUACUCCAGAGAGGGACUCGGUCCCCAGCACUGAGAUGUAUGUGAUAGACCAGUACAUGCUUCAUAUCCUCCAAGAUUACGGCAGCAAGGUUACAGACGCUUACAAGGGCUAUGAAUUUGGGAAGGUGGUUCGUUUGCUGGAGGCCCUGGUCACACGGGAUUUAUCAAGCUUUUACUUCAGCAUCAUAAAGGACAGGCUUUAUUGUGAUGAAGAGAAGGAUCCCAAACGUCGUUCCUGCCAGACUGUAUUAGCGGAAGCGCUGGAUGUUGUGGUGCGCUCAUUCGCUCCCAUUCUACCCCAUUUGGCAGAGGAAGUGUUCCAGUACCUGCCCUAUAGAAAAGAAUCGGACAGCGCGUUCCGUACGGGGUGGAUCAAACCCAACACAGUCUGGAAGAAGCUGGGCCUGGUGGAAGCCAUAGAGGCUGCCUGCUCCAUCAGAGAUGCUUUCCUUGGAUCCAUUCCAGGCAAGAAUGCGGCUGAGUAUGAAGUCACCAUCGUCAUUGAUCCAGGCCUGCUGUUUGAGUUAAUGGAGACCCUACAGGAAGAACCGAGCUCUUGUACGUCUCAGCUGAAUGAGCUCCUCAUGUGCUCCCAGACCUCUCUCCUGUCCGACCUACCCCUGGAUCUGCCCCCAGAAGCUUCUGUUUUGAAGGGCUCAUUCCUUAUCAACUUGGAAGAUGGCGACAUCUGUCAGGAGGAGGCGUAUAAAGUGGUGGUUCAGCCGAGCAGGAAGGAGCGCUGCCCGCGCUGCAGGAAGUACACGGCUGCCUCGUCCCUAGCGCCCUGUGCCAGGUGUCUGGAAGCCAUCGCGGGCAAAUGGACUCAGUAGGGGCAAGUGUUGCGUGCCCAUAGGGGCAAUGUACAGUGUAUUUAAGCAGAGACUGCGCUCCCUAUAGCAAUUCUGUACAGAGGGAUUGGGGAAAGUCACACGUCUAUAUUUUCUACUUGGGCCUCAAAUGAAGGAGAUGGUGUGAGGGGAUGGGGAGUAAUGUGUCGCCUUACAAUAAAUAUUCAUCAUGUUCUUUACCUUUUA